UCACAACUUCACACAAAUAAAACACUGCUACAGUGCUAUUCUGACGUCAAUUUCCCAUCUUCUAUUGCUUUUCUUUUCAGCCGAUCGUAUAAAAAUAACAAACAAACCAAUUUCGCGUAAUUAUUGACGAAAGUUUUUCAUGAUUUUGGAACUGCCGCAACGUAUGUCUCCGAUUCAACCCAUGACCGUUAAUAAAGAAGUUCAUUCAUUAACUAAAACUGUCGAACUGUCUGUUACAAGUAUGUACACAUUGCACGCGUCAUGGCACAGCUUAUAGGCUAUGUUCCAAGAGUGGGGCGAAGAGAAGGGUGGUCUCUGGUAACCUUCCCGACAAUGCGAAUGCGACUGAUACCUAAUUCUUGAUAAAUCAGUAAAUUUCGUAAUGAUAACGUAAAUCCUGCUGACAAUACUUCUCGUGUGCUUCGUGCAAUGAUUUUCUUCGAGUUGAGAAUUUCGUCUGACGAUAAGAUAAAAGCGAUCAUCGAGUUGUGCGAAUAAACCGCCUGGUAAAACGUGAAAUGCACGCACCUAAAGAAAAAUAUCGUGCAGUUAUGAAUUUAUUAUAGUGAAAAAAUUCAAUUUUUUGUCAAUAAUUACUUACCUGAUGUUGUGAUAUUUCCAAAAUCAAAAAUGAAGUUCCAGUUUCGUAAUUCCGGAUUUGUUAAAGAGGUGACUUUUGUUAUGAUAACCUUGACCAUAUACAUUUUCGAAGGAAUUGGUCGAAGUUACAUCGUAUUCUUGUUCAAACAAUUGAAACUGCCAGAUUCACCAAUUACGUUGAACGAAGUACAAGAAUCAUGGAUUGCCAGCGCUUUUGGGUUCCUGUCUCCUAUAGGAUGCCUACUUUCAGGCACUGUGAUGGAUAUGUUUGGACGAAAAUCCUACUUUUUCAUAAUGUACAUUCCACUGAUAAUUUCCUGGUUGAUGAUUGCCUUCGCAUCAAAUUAUGAAAUGCUAUUCUAUGGCAUGAUAAUUCAAGGAUUUGGUAUAGGUAUGUCAUUUUGUGCAUCCACCUACAUCUCGGAGAUCUCUACAACCCAAAACAGAGGCGCCUACCUGGGUCUAAUACAGAUAGCCUACUGUGUCGGUAUCCUAAUUUGUAACGUAUCGAUGUAUUACUUGAAUUGGGAUGUCGUGGCCAUAGUUUACGCCGCAUUAGCCAUCAUCAGCACGUUGCUAAUGUUAAUUCUAAUAGAAUCUCCGACAUGGUUAUACAGCAAAGGACGAAUUGAGAAAUCGAUCGAGGCACUCAGCUCACUCAGAUGUUCACAUCCGGACGAUAUGAGAGACGAAAUAGAAGAUAUGGAAAAAUCUCGCGACAGCUCGAUCAAAUUAUCACUCAGAGAGACUUUGAAAAACGUUCUCAGAGCGUGGAAACCUUUACUGAUGAGCGUGCUGAUAAAACUCCUAUUGCAAAAUUCUGGUUAUUCUAUCAUGAGCUCGUAUACGAUUACGGUCUUCGAUCAAUUAAAAUUACCCCUAGAUAGUUCUCGUUUCACAAUCGAAUACUCGGUGGCCGGAUUCGUAGGCAGUAUAGCCACAGCUUUCUUUAUGCAUACACUAAAUCGAAAAACUCUGCUGUUCAGUACCUCGUUUGUUAUGGGAAUAUGUAUGGUGGUUGUUGGCAUAUAUGAGGAAAUUUUCUACUUCGAUAGUGAUAAAAUUUUUGCCUACAUUGUACCGAUAGCUUUUUACGUAAAUACAUUCGCUAAUAAUCUAGGUGCAGAACCUAUAAUAUUUUGUCUGGGAGGUGAACUGUUUCCAAAUGAGGCACGAGGUAUACUCAAUGGAAUUUAUGGAGCUGUCGAUAAUCUCUAUAUGUCAGCUUCUAUGAAAGUAUUUCCGAAUUUUAUAAACGCUGUGGGAGUUAAAUUAGUUAUUUGGACGUUCGCUUUGUUCUCAUUUAUUGUUGCUGUAUAUGGUGUUUAUAUUUUACCCGAAACCAAAGGUAAGACUUUAAAUGAAGUGCAAGAGGAGUAUUUUAAAAAAAAGAAAAGAAAUGUCGAUGAUAAUAUUGACCAAGAAGUGUAAUUUUUACUGGAUUGCAUUCGUUUCAUUCGUUUGUUUUUGAGAUUAUUGCUUUGUAUUUUUUUUUUCAAUUUGCCAAUAUAAUUUUUUUUCAAAUAUAAAAUUGAUUUUGAA